AUGCUCAGAACCAUCAGCAAUGCGCUAACGCGAAAUGUCAAAUUGCAACCGCAGAUAGAUUUUGAAGCUAAAUUGAUCAAUGGUGUAGCCAUCCUCAGCGGCAGAAAUGCAUUUGGGCAGCUGGGGAGAGCGAGAAGGCAGCGAGUGAUCGAGCCGACGGCGAUACAAGUACGCGCAAGAGAAGCAGUGACAUCCACCCACACAAGUCUCUCCAAUGUCUAUCUGACCACACACACCUCGGUACUCAGCGCUGGACUGAACACGGAUAAGCAACUCGGUCACUCGCCCACCCACCCGCUUAGCGAGUCUUUUGAGCAGGUGGAAUGGGAUUUCAUGGCUCAGGGUGGUGUCAGACAGAUGUCCGCAAAUGGUGACUCUGCGGGUGUGCUCACUAACGACGGCCAUGUCGUUGGUUGGGGCAAUUCCGAGUAUGGGGGGCUGUGCCUGGUGCAAGAGACUGGCGUUGAACCUUUGCUUCUGUCGCCAUACCUAGACACAGCUGGAUGUCGCUACGUGCGCAGGAUUUCCUUCGCUGGUGCCCAUUCAUGGUUUUUGGAUGAAUCAGGAGAUAUCUACACGGUUGGACUGCAUCUGAUGGACGGCAAGGUGGUGAUCACUCCCACACCAUCCAAAGUCGCACUACCCUGCAAAGCAAUCAACAUAUGGUCAGGUGUGCACCACUCUAUCGCCCUUCUCGAGGAUCGGAGGUUGUUUAUUAGUGGGCCACAACUAGACAGCUUCAACGUCCUCAUUAGUGAGGGUGAAGAUGAAUCCACACUUGAACACCUCGCAGCAAACAACAAACUCAGUAUGACAUUUGGAUUGAAUGGUGUAUCGUUGCAUGGCACGUAG